AUGAACUCUCUCUUCCACCAUGCCCUUCGUAAGUGUAGGUGCAGACCGCCUCUUCGAAGCCCUAGGCCGCAGACAACCGACGCCUCCUUCUCCGGAUCUCCGCUCACCGGGGGAAAAUUUAACCUCCCCUCCAUCGAAAACCUCGCAGGCGGACUGGAUCUGAAGGAUCUAUCCACGGCGGCGGCGCGGCUCUUCACCGAAUUGAAGCAUUUCUGGCACAGGAUCCUGGGGGCGGCGGAGGCGGUUCUGGAUGCAGAUGAUGAACACCAAUUCUCCAGUCGCAGACGGGCCGAAAUGAUGAAAAGCCAAAAAUGCGAGCGAUAUGAUCUGACGGUUGCCAAUGGCGAAAAUGGCAACAUACGUCAUCAGGCUUACGCCAUGGCUCACUGUAAUGAUUUCGAAUCAGGAAGACAUAGAGAGAUGGGCUGGAGAGGAAUUUUGGGAUUUGAGUAUGGCAUAGUUCAGGCGUCAUUAGGGCCCUAUAUAUUUGGCCCUCAGCUUGUUGCAGUUGUUACCAAUGCUGUAGGGCUUGGUCUUCUCAGUGGUCCUGAUCGGGAAUCAGUUGCCCGGAGUUCCUCCUCGACCUUGAGGUGGGCCUGCGUGCACCUUGAGGGUAGCCGGUCUGGGAAAGUAAUAGCUGAUGGAGCUGAUGGAGGCAGGACGAAUUUGCCUUCGCCUGAUGGUGGGCCCAUAGGCUCUGCUACUCAACCGCAUAAUUCGGGCUUCCACUCCACCAUUACAGUCCUCAAUCGGGACUAUGAAUUUGGGUUUCUUUCCUGGGGUUAUUUUGAUAAAUAG